UGUUUCCAGUUAAAAUGUCUGUUGUUCAAAUUCCUAUCAACUCGGAGAAGUGGGGUCAACUACCGGACCUUCGCAACGAACUGAGGACUACCUCCACCGCAUCAUCCCCUCUUCAGGCCCGACACGAAGUCACUCCCCCGAUCACCGGAUCUGUGUCUGGAUCUCCGGUUCAGUUUUCUAACUGUCCGGAGUCCCCUGCUAGAAGUGAAAUGCUGACAAUACCUGCUCUCUCGACCCCCUUCUCUCUGACUUCUAGUCUUCUGCAGCGGAUGACACCCUCAAAGACGCAAUCUGAGAAAUGUAACGCGUUUAGUAUUGACAAUCUGAUCAAGCCAGAUGCCAACAUGAAGUCACCUACCUCCUCUCCCACGUCUCCUCCUACUAUCUUCUCUACUACUCCUGUCCGGAGGACACCUCCUAACUUAACGGAACAAGGAACCCAAGUGACUGUUUCCCUCAACACUGAGCAAGUGAAACCUGCCACCAAGUUUGCAAAGCCCCCUUACAGUUACAACGCACUGAUAGCCAUGGCUAUAAGGUCCUCUCCCAACCAAAGAUUGACUCUUAGUGAGAUAUACGAGUUUAUAAUGGGAAAGUUUCCAUACUAUCGGGAUAACAAACAGGGUUGGCAGAACAGUAUUCGACACAACUUAUCCCUGAACAAGUGUUUUGUGAAGGUCCCCCGGCACUACAACGAUCCUGGGAAGGGUAACUACUGGAUGCUGAACCCUUCAAGUGAUGAGGUGUUUAUCGGAGGAAAGUUGAGACGACGCCCUAACCUCAGCAAAGCAGACAAAUCCUACAUGCACCUUCGCACAGUAAAAACAGUGCCCACCCCUAACUGGCUAAACUACACCCUGACCCCCCUCACCAAUUCCGUGACACUAGCCUCCACCACACGGGAUCUACUCUCAUCCCCUGCUCUUGCUAGAGAACUGCUGGCCCCUCAACUCGUCCCUCUUUACUCUGAUCUCGCGUCUUCUCUGUCCCGUCCCAGCGCUUUCAGUGCUAUAAGUAGGGGUGUGACUGACAGGGCUAUUGACCGGCUGAUGCAGUUAUCCUCUCCUCUGUCUGCGCUGGGACUCCACGGACUCAAGAUGAGCCCGAUAGUGUCCCCUCUGGAGGUGAGGAGUCAGGGACUUAGGUUUGAGGAGAAGAGAUGAGGGAGUGUGUGUGUGUGAGGUGUUUAGUUUGCGCUGUGUGACUAUAUUAUGGUGUAGAUCUCUGGAUACUGCGUGGGGGGUAAUGCGUGAUUUUUUCGGACACGUGGCGGUGAUUUGCCAAUCAGAUUCCAGCAUUGACCAAUCAAAACAAAAAAUCACUUUCGUGUGUCAAAACAAAUAUGGUUUGCCUCCCAAUAAGUAUUUAGGUCUGUCAUGGGCCCUGUGACCAUAUAGGCCAGUUUUGCUAUUUUAGUAUUUUACCUGAUUUUGAAUUAGUGACAAUGUCUGAUCAAUCCAUGUUAAGGUCUUUGUAGAUUUAUAGAUCUUUAGGAAAUAGGUAAAUUAUUGAACCGUUCUUUAACUUAUAUAAGUUGUAUAAGUUAAGUUAUAUUAGUUAUAUGGUUAUAAUACUUUUGGACACGAUGGUUAAUAUAUGGUUAAUAUAACUUAUAUAGUUAACUUUAAAAAGUUAACUUAUAUAAGUUAUAUAGUUUAUAUAACUUAUAUAACGUAUAACUUAUACACUGCUAUUUGCUAGAUUGUAGGGAUGACUGACGCGACAAUCAGUUAGGCUGAUUUGAUUAUUUUUACAAUUUAAGUUAAAACUUCCAGCAAUCCACUGAGUGUAACUGAGAUAUAACUGGCAGAUGUAAGGAAUUUCAUGAAUUUGAUUAUACACGGUGUACUCUAGUAUACUCUGGUAUACUCUAGUUUACUCUGGUAUACUCUGGUAUACUCUGGUAUACUCUGGUAUACUCUGGUAUACUCUGGUAUACUCUGGUAUACUCUAGUUUACUCGGGUAUACUCUGAUAUACUCUAGUUUACUCUAGUAUACUCUGAUCUACUCUAGUUUACUCGGGUAUACUCUAGUUUACUCGGGUAUACUCUGAUAUACUCUAGUUUACUCGGGUAUACUAUGGUAUACUCUAGUUUACUCGGGUAUAAUCUGGUAUACUCUAGUUUACUCGGGUAUACUCUAGUUUACUCGGGUAUACUCUAGUUUACUUUGGUAUACUCUGAUAUACUAUAAUUUACUCUGGUAUACUCUGAUACACUCUAGUUUACUCUGGUAUACUCUGAUACACUCUAGUUUACUCUGGUAUACUCUGGUAUACUAUAGUUUACUCUGGUAAACUAUAUUUUACUCUGGUAAACUAUAUUUUACUCUGGUAUACUAUAGUUUACUCUGGUAUAUUAUAGUUUACUCUGGUAUACUAUAGUUUACUCUGGCAUACUAUAGUUUACUAUAGUUUACUCUGGUAUACUCUGGUAUACUAUAGUUCACUCUGGUCUACUUUGGCUCUGACGUAAGAUAACCGCGGAUUGUGAUUUUUUGAGUGUAUUGAAUUGUUGACAGUUUGAGAUUUUAAUUAUGAUCUAUGUAUAACGAUAUUUAUUACUUUUAUAAUAUGUUCCAUGGUAUAAAAUUGAUAUUAUUUUACAUUGAAAUUUGAAAGAUUUGCAGUAGGAAUUAUUGUAAAUUUAUUUACAUAACCAGCUUGUGUGUAUAUCAGUAUCAAUUGAUUGUAACUGUGGGUCCUUCACAGCAUUGUUUGCGCAGCUCUGAACGACAAGUGUUAAUUCAGAGCCGUGCCAAUAAUGAUGUGAAGGAGUCACGGUUAGAAACCACAAGCUUUGAGAAUUAACAAAAUGGAAUGUUGUUUUACAAAUUGCUACC